AUGGCUAAUGCACUUCAGAUUCUUGAAAUCUCCAAGAACCUCACCAUCCUUCUUAUUGGGCGCAACUUCAGGCAUGAGACCAUGCGAGAGGAUGACACCAUAGGCAGUUUUGAAAAUAUCAGGGCAUCCCGUUGGAGGUUCAGAACCAGAGACAACACAAAAGGGAAUAAUAACACCAACAGAGAAAACAAAGUACUCCAGUUCACCUCGAAGGCGAAGCAGAAGGUCGGCCGCGGCUUCAGGCGGACAGGCGCGUCCAGCGCGACUGCGGACGGACCUCGCCAUGAGAGGGAGAAGCGUCGCUCCACGCCGAUCUGCGUCGUCUUGAGCCCCGUCGAGGCGCCCCUCGCCCAUCCGCCGACCUAUCCCCGCAGUCCCCCGCCGAGAUCCGCGCGGUCCUCUGCCGAGAUCCGCGCCGGAGAGCCCCUGCUGCCGCUGCCAUGCCUCCUUGUGCGCGCGUGGGCCCCUGCUGUCGCCGCCAUGCCUCCUCGCCACGGCCUGGUCGUGCCCUUCCCAAGGCCUAGCUCGCCCUGGCCGGCGCAGCGCGGCUGCUGCGGCGGCGGACGAAUGUUUGUCAGAACGCAAGACCGUCCACGCCUUUGCUUCCGCUGCGGGAUGAGCGGUCACGUUGCCCGCGACUGCUCUCUCCCGCAACACGAGUCCUUGCCGGCAAUGCCUCGCUACACGCUGGUUGACCAUGUUUCAAUGGAACACCGAGUCCCUUUUGAAAGGCGUCCGGUUGCUACAACAACAAGUAUCCAUAAAGAUCUGUUUAUCAUCUGCCAAGCUGGCUCAGAACUAGUCAUCUACCAUACGGGCGUCAUGGCUGAGACUUCACUGUUACAAGGAGGAGACGAUGGCAAGCCUCUCCAACCGUCAUAUUAUGUUGCACCAUAUGUUGGUGAUGGUGACUAUUGGCACUUUUUCCUUCACAGUGGCUCAAAAAUACACGCCGUUUCGAGGAAAAAAGCUGGCAUGCUUGAGUUUAGUCUGAACAAGGACCGUACGAUGGCUAAGGAUCAUCUAUCUAUAGGGCCGCUGCCAAGUGCUGGUAUUUUUGUUUUGUUUAUCACAGUUGGUGGAGAGACAAUUGCUCUUACUGAUACUCUGAAAGUUUUUCAUCAGACAAGGUUCAGUUAUGGAUCCCCCUUCUGGCUGCGAUGCGAGACAGAUCAGUCGCAUGUUCUCGACAGGAAGGUGGUGGUAUCUGGAUAUGCGGCAGUGAAUGACGAUUCCUUCAUAGUCUGUGAUGCUCUCACAGAUUCCUGUCUUUUAUUUGACCUGGGUUCCAAGCAAUGGCGUGUUGUCAUGCCUUGGGCCACAUUCGCAGAGGACCUGCCAAGGACUAACCCUACAAAGUGCCCUUUAAAGGGUAGAUCCGUGUUUGUUGAUGGCUUUAUCUACACAUGUACAGAUGGAGGGCUUGCUGCUUAUAAACUGCUUGAUAAAGAUCAUUCUAUGUAUCUCAGCAAGCCCAUCCUUUUGCCAUUCUCAUGGCUUAUAGAUGAUUGUGUGGGCGAGGACAUGUGCUUGGAUUAUGCUGGCAAAGAUGUGGACUCGGGUGCUAUUCUGUUUUACGUGGUACAACUGCAAAGUGGAUAUCCUCUGCCCAAACAUGAUGUACAGAUCACCAUUGUCCAGGUUAAGAGGACUAAAGCAUCACCCAGCAGCAGCAAGAAAAGGAAACCAGUGGGAGUCGCCCCUGUGGACUGUGUCACGCGUUUCAUACGUCACGAGAAAGCCGUCGCUGCCAGAUGCUGAUUUGCGAUCUAGCGCCAUCUCCAUCUCCAUCUCCAUCUUGUUUGUGAUGGAUGGAUGCAUGCAUGUCCCCAGUAUGUAAUGUUUGUAACCUCUAAGACUCUAACCUUCCUUGCAUGGUAUCCUUUGGAAGCUGCUGCAACUAAUUGUAUUUUUUGGUGGUGUAAAACUUAUAUUUAUCUAGACUA